UCCGGUUAAAGUUGGUGCGCCUGCUCAGAGAGGUCAUUUCCGCUUUCUAAAGGUUCUGAAAAAGUUCAAUACUCAUCGGAUUACUUCAGAACAUCGUUAUUUUCAACCAUUUUUGCAUCCCAGUUAUAGAUGUGGUAUGUAUGCAUGAUUUAAGCGUGAAAGAAGAGGAAGAAUCAGAAGGUCAUCUUUUCAGUCAGUUGAAUACUUUGCACAUACAAGAAGGAUCAACUUGCCACACACACUGCGUAAAUGUAAAUUAUUUUAAUAUGCCUAUAAGAAGAAAAAGAUCCUCACCUACUUUUGAUGACCCCAGAUCUAAGAAAGCAAAAGUUUCCUCUUCUUGGAGCAGACGUGAACAAAGAGUCCAGGACACAGAUAACAUGUUCAGUAAUAAAAGAUGUAUAGCAUGGUUCCAUGAAUAUACAACUGAUGAUGAAGACAUGUUAGGUCCAGAAGGAAUGGAAAAGUUUUGUGAAGACAUUGGUGUAGAACCAGAAAAUAUUGUUAUGUUGGUUCUAGCCUGGAAGUUAGAAGCCAAAUCAAUGGGUUUCUUCACUAAAGCAGAAUGGUUAAAAGGCAUGACAGACUUACAGUGUGAUUCUGUGAGAAAACUACAGUCAAGAUUAGACUACCUCAGAACAUUAUUGGAUGAUCCAGCUACUUUUAAAAAUAUUUACAGAUUUGCAUUUGAUUUUGCAAGAGAUAAAGACCAACGAAGUAUGGAUAUAGAUACAGCCAAAGCUAUGUUAGCAUUAGUAUUAGGUAAACAUUGGCCAUUGUUUGGAUCGUUCCAUCAAUUUUUAGAGCAAUCUAAAUAUAAAGUAAUAAAUAAAGACCAAUGGUGCAAUAUACUAGAGUUCAGUCGACUUGUUAAUGUUGACUUAUCCAAUUAUGAUGAAGAUGGAGCAUGGCCAGUUUUAUUAGAUGAAUUUGUAGAAUGGAUGAAAGAACACAGAAUGGGUAGCUGAAACUUUGAACUGUAAAAUCCUGGAGCUUCCAUUAUUUGGUCACAUGGUAGUCACAUGAUCCCCAUGUGGUUGGGCAGAAUGUUACAAUAACAAAUGGAAGAUUUGUGUCAUAUAAAACUUAGCCAUAAAGAGGAGUAGAAAAAUAUAUUUAACAACAGAUAUUUAUUGGGUUAUUAUAAUAUUAUAUUGAUCUUCCUAACAUAUGCAAACUUUCUUACAAAUCAAAAAAAAGAAUCUGAUCAAUUAUUUUACUGGUAUUUAAAUAUCCUUAGUGAACAUAUUGGUAAUGAUUGUUAAAUUGAUUUUAUCCGGUUUUUUGAGAAGCAAGGGCUAUGUUGUGAUAUCCAUAAUGAAUGAUAGAAAUGGAAAGUUUACAUUUUGAAAACAAUUGAACAACUUACGAAAUAUUGCACAUAAUUGGUAUAAAAAUGUUUCCUGGUUUAUAAUAUGCAUUAUGUAAAAUGCACCCAAAAUUGUAAAUAAAGUUUAUUUUCAGUGAACACUGACCUCAGAUGAUUAUACUUGUUUUUAAAUUGUGACUUUUUAGGCUUGUUUAACAAUGAAUGGAAAAUUAGAUAGUCAUAAGGGUAAAUAAAUGACACAUAAAGAUAGACCAUACCUAAGUAAUUUUGUAGUCGUAUUGCUUACAUAUAAAAGCAGGGUUUAAUAUUUCAGUUUAAUUGAGCAUUGAUGUAUUUUAAAAAGUGUUAAAAACAUGAAUUAAUUGUUAAGUAUGAAAGUUUGUAUAUACCAGAAAGACAUUGACUUAUGAUUUACAUGUUGAUGAAAGAUAGUUGUGAAACAUUCAUAUUAGAAAGUAACUUAUUUAUAUAGUGCUACUCAACAGCUCAUUGCUAAAGUAUUGUAUAUAAACAUGCAGUUAAUGUGUUCUUGGAUGCAAUUAACAAACAUACUAAGAUAUGUCGAGACAAUUUUUGUAGUUUUUCAUGUAUUAUUAUAAUUCUUUUCUCUUUCAGAUGCAUAUUUUUUGUCCAUUCUCAAUAUGAAUUCUAUUCUUGCCAAAAUAUGCAUUUAUUUGAAAUUCUUAGCUUCCUUGAUAAUGGUCCGUUUCAAGUACCAGAUCUAUUAUAUAUGUAUACAUUAUGUAUUAAGACACAGAACUGCCUUUUAAAAAUCUUUUUCUUAGAUUAAGAUAUGUAUGUAGUUAGGUGCUAAUAUUUUACUCGACACAUAAACACAUUGGCCUGUAUCCAUAAAAACACUUAAGUUAAGAAAUCUAAUCCUAAUACUAAUUUAUCAUUAGAUAUAUGAUAAAAAUCUGUUCAUUCCGAACAAAUCUUAACUUUGAUUAGUUUUAUGCAUACAGGCCCUGUUAUAUACAAGAGAGACACUUUAAAAAUGUACUAUUCACUCAUUGAAACAAAUUCAAUAUUUUUCUUGUAAAGUGUUAUAU